UAUUCGAUAAAAUGACAGUUAUGUUAUUUAUUGUUGAUAAUUAGUUGUUAAUGAAAUGCAAUUAGUGAAAAAUUAGUUUAUUAUAACGUUGAUUACUCGCUAAGUAAUAUGUGAACUGAAAUACUUAUUAUAACCUAAGUUGUAGAACAUAUUUUUGUAUAUUUGUAAAUUUUAACGUGUUAAAAUGGAUAUGGAAAUCGAAGAAAUACAGUCAUCACAGCCUAGUUUUUUGUCAAGGUUUUGUACGCAUUUAUCACAAACAAUACAACGUUGGCUGGACUAUUCCGUUCCCUAUACUAAAUAUAGAUGGAUAGCUGCUAUUCUGCUUGUAGCAUUACUUUUAUUACGAGUCCUAACUACACAUGGAUGGUAUAUAGUCACAUAUGCUUUAGGAAUUUAUCAUCUGAAUUUAUUUAUAGCAUUUUUAACACCUAAAAUGGAUCCAUCAUUAAAUUUUGAUGAUGAUGAGGGGCCUGAAUUGCCAACCUUAGCUAAUGAAGAGUUUCGGCCAUUUAUUCGAAGACUACCAGAAUUUAAAUUUUGGUUAUCAGUUGUUGUCAGCACACUUAUCGCACUGUUUUGUACAAUGUUUGACUGCUUCAAUAUACCAGUAUUUUGGCCAAUUCUAGUAUUCUACUUCAUAACACUAUUUCUGGUUACGAUGAAAAGACAAAUAAAGCACAUGAUAAAGUAUCGAUAUUUACCAUUCACACAUGGUAAACCUAGUUACCAACCUGUAGAAGAAUCAUUGUGAUUUGUUUCUGAAAAUAAUCACAAUUUAAAUCA